CGAGUCAGAAAUUGCAAGAAAUAGACAAUUUUUAGUUCGCAUUCCUGCAACUUCUGACGAUGAACAUUCAGAUAACGAAUCUGAAACUAGUGAGUCACAAAAUUUUGAAAGUGUCUCUGAUAACCAUUCUGAUCAUCACUCUCCAAUAAACUUACCUCCACAAACCUCUUCAGGUCGAAUUGUUAAAAAACCUGAUAGACUAGAUUUAUAAGUAAUUUUAUUAUAAAAUAAAAGGGGGUAAAGGGUGAAUGAAACAAUUGUGGAAAUUUAUAAAUGUUUAUUUAAAGAUUUGUUAAAGAAAGUUAUGUUUAUUUUGUCAUUAUAAAAAGAGGGGGAUGUGAUGUAUGUAAAUAGGUAGUAUUCGGAACGCACUCAAGUUGGUAAUAUUGUAAGAGUGACGUGACAGUGACAAGGACAGUGAAACGGAAAUAAAACCAUUCUGAAUCUAGACACGAUAGAUACAAGUUGUUUCAUUAUAACCUGUGCUCCAAAGUUAACCUAGGAACCCUACCACGUGUUACAUUAUAACAUUACAGGGACAGCAUAGUGCUAUGGAGUGGUAUUUCCUGAAAACGAGAUACCGAACUUGUGUUUCAAAUGUGAAGAUGGACACACUGGUGAAAAUAACGACUUACAUAAUCAUGUUAUAAAUAACCAAUUGAACCAAUGUACAGCUGACGUUAGGAAAGUGAAUACUGUUAAAAACCCUUUUGAGUGUCAAAAUGUUAAAAAUUAUAAAGACAAGAUAAGAAGACAUAUGAUAGAGCAGCACAUUAAAGAAAAAUCUGUUACUAAUGAAACCUGUUCGAAACAGAGUAAAAAAGUUUACACGAGUAUACACUCUUCUGAAAAACAUUUUACAUGUGAAGUUUGCAAUAGACAAUAUGUAUCAAAUGGUAAUCUAAAACAACAUAUGAUAAUUCACACUGGGAAAAAACCAUUCGAAUGUGAAAUAUGCACAAAACAGUUUACACAACUUUCUAAUUUAAAAGUUCAUAUGAGAAGGCACAUUGGUGAAAAACCUUUUGAAUGUCAAGUAUGCACAAAACAGUGUUUAACAAAAGGUCACUUAAAAAGACAUAUGGCGGUGCAUACUGGUGUUAAGCCAUUUGGAUGUGAAAUAUGCACAAAACAGUUUGUAACACACAAUGAGUUAAAAAUACAUAUGGUGGUGCAUACUGGUGUAAAACCAUUUGGAUGUGAAAUAUGCACAAAACAGUUUAGACGAACUGCUGACUUAAAAUCUCAUAUGAGAAAGCAUACUGGUGUAAAACCAUAUGCAUGUGAAAUGUGCACAAAACAGUUUGCACGAAGUGCUAACUUAAAAUUGCAUAUGAGAACGCACACUGAAAAACUAUUUGGAUGUGAAAUAUGCACAAAACAGUUUGCACGAAGUACUGACUUAAAAAGACAUACGAUGAUGCAUACUGGUGAAAAACCAUUUGGAUGUGAAAUUUGCACCAAAUCGUUUUCGCGAAGUUCUGAUUUAAAAAUACAUUUGAGAAUGCAUCCUUGAGAGGAUCAAUUUGUGAAAUUUGCAGAAAACUGUUUAUUGUAGCAAAUAUAGAUGUAAAAAGAUGCAGCGGUUCUCAAGAGUCAUGUACCACAUAAAGUUUCUUUUAUUCUGUUUGGUACCACCUAUAUUUUUAGAUUGUAUUAUCAAGACAGUUACUAAGUACUACUAUUUUAAUUUUUUGUGCGUUUUGUGUACCACCGCAAAUAAUGGUAUGUACCACCAGUGGUACAUGUACCACUGGUACAUUGAGAACCGCUGCUCUAGGAUCUAUAGUCGAUUCGCUUUUCUGAGACUCAACUGUCUAGUGACGUUAGUCAUUUAUUUUUUGGUAAAUUCAGUUGUCAUUAUCAGACCUGACUGAAAAUUACUACACAACCACACGUAAUUGCUCUUAGCCAAUAUUAUUAAUAAUAAACAUACAUUUUUUUUAUUUGUAAUUGGCUUUGGCAUAAACCAAUUUAGACCAGGCCGCAUCUGUAAAAAUAUUAGUACAUUUGGACGUUGAGAGGUGACUCAAAUUUUUUUGCAGAAAUUGCUUGAAAAUAA